GCCAGCGUCACUCUCACUUUCAGGAAUCAAUAGAAAUCGCAGCGCCCAAAGAAGGUUCUACCUGAAGGGGAAAUUGAAGAAAUCGAUUCCAAAGAACCAUCGACUGGCAUUGGUGAAUGAUGGAACUUACCCCUUUCUCUAAGGGACUAUGGACAGGUGACAAUAAAUUUCUGCAUCACCACUUCACUGACAUAUUAACAAGCGUCCACAUUACCCGGGAGAUCCCUGAAGAUGCGGUUUUCGGUCCCUGCAUCCUCCAGAACACCUUUUACGACACAAUCGCUUUCAUUGCCUUGAAAUCUUCAGACCGGAGAAGUGUACCCUACGUGUUCCGGGUGGAUGCAACUGCGUUGAAUAGUUCCACGGACGGACUGUCUUGGUUGCGACUGGUACAAGCGGCGAACAACACCAAGGAGCAGAACUUGGAGGCUUACUUGAAAAGCGGACAACUGUACUAUCGCUCCACGCGGAGGAUUAGAAAGGACGAGGAGCUCUUCGUGUGGUAUGACAGCGAGCUUUCCACGCUCCUCGGCUUCACUGACAUCAAAACCCGGACUGGCUCGAACACCUUCAGAUGCACGGACUGUGAUCAAGAACUGAAGUAUGAAAAUCCAUAUUUGGCCCAUGUUCGAUUCUUAUGCGGGAAGAGGAAGGAUUAUCUCUGGCGAGAUUUUCAGGCCCUUGGUUUUGGUCACAGCGGCCUUUUUAAAGACCCUACCAAGAGCACCGAGGUCAAAGACAAGAGCAGGGUGACCAACUUUCACAGGAUCGCCCACGAUCUGGAGCAUUCUAAGAAGAAAUCGGCGGCACAGGACGAGGGGCGACCGUCCUCUGAAAAACACCCCAACAAGCGGAAACAGGACAGUGCAGAGGAGAGCAAAAGUAGGAAAACGGUCUUAUUGGAGAAAACAAAUAACUUGGUGUGCGUCCAGGGCGGAAUUUCUAAAGAUGACCCAAGUGUUAUCCCGGCGCUAGCAGUUUCCGUCUGGAAACUUAAUUCUGAUAAGUACUUAUUGAAGAAGGAUUCAUCGGAGCAUAAAACAAGUGCAUUUACUGAGGUUCGUCGACCGCGUGAAAAGGCCAAAGCAGAGAAACCAGACGGCAGUGCUAAGGAUGAUACCCCUGACUUAUCCAGGAAGGUGGGUGCGAGAACAGACGUGAUUCUCAGUUCCUCCGGCAGCGCCUUCUCUUCAGUUUUACCUUCUGGUGUCAGAGAGGAGCAGAAGAGUGCGUUCUGUCAGCCAAGCAGACGAACCGGGGAAGGGCCCCCGAUGCUUCUCGCCCACGCACUCCAUGCUGCUGCUGAGGGCGCUGGGGAUUUAUCUGAUUCUAUCGCUACAAGCCAUCUCCUGGGCCCCUCUAACCUGCUGGGCUCCAAAUCCAUCACCACCGAUCUUGGCAAUUCUCACAUAUUACACGCAAGCGUUACAACCAACAGCCCACUUUUGUACAGCACUGACAUGUGGCCAAAACCGGUUGGCAUGCAACUCCAAUCCACAUCGUCGCUGACUCUGCUCCCGCCGUCCUACACGUCCUUUGGUGUUUCAGCUCAGAACUGGUGCGCCAAAUGCAACGCGUCCUUUCGAAUGACUUCUGACCUGGUGUUUCACAUGAGGUCCCAUCAUAAAAAGGAAUACGCAACCGACUACCUGAACAAGAGGAGGCGGGAGGAAAAGUUGACAUGCCCGAUAUGUAAUGAAUUUUUCAGAGAGCGCCAUCAUCUAUCGCGACAUAUGACGUCUCACAAUUGACCUGCGAAUUCAAACUGAAGGAAGUGGAUUUUAAGGGCUUCCCGGCAGUCUGAACAGAAGAAGCCGGGAUGACAUUCCUUAAGGAACUGUUGUCACUUCAGAUGAGAGUGAACUCGUCUCCCUGGCCCGGGACAGUAUUACAGCAGAGGGGGAGAAGCAAUUUUAAAUAUAAAAAAAACGAAAUUGCGAUUUAUUUAGACUAAUAAAAGAAAUUAGAGUCAUGAAAAGGUGCCAAUCACAUCAAAGGUUGUACUUGUAGGAUAAUCGGUUUGAUUUGGCGAUUAAUUAACUGUACACCGCAUGGAACAACUAUGGUAAUAAGUUCCUGCUUUUGAAAAUUUAAGUUAGAGUAACGGCCAUAGAUUCUGCAGUUGAUAAAGCGACCUGCAACCUGUACAAUUAUUUCUGUUUGGAUUAUUAAUUUUGCAGAAAAUCUGUACCAGCCUCCAAUUAACGUCACAAUGCAUAUUUUCAUUCUUGAGUUAUACAGUUUGACAUUAUACAAACACAAGAAGAAGGUUCAAAUAACCAUCGGCUACACCAAACUAAUGUUUGUCUAUUUGAAUAGAUUCCAUGAUUGUGUUCGAAGUACAAACACAUGACUGUUUACUCUUGAAAACAGUCUAGUUCAUGCAGUACUCCACGACGCUGUUAAAAAAUGUUUGGGUUGCUCGUACAAAGUGCUAGCAACAAACAGUCUGCUGGAAGAACUCAGCCGGUCGAACAGCAUCUGCGGCGGGGAAGGAAUUGUCGACGUUUUGGGUCGAAACCCUGCAGCAGGACAAAGUGCUAAUGUACAGUGAAGGUUGAAGCAUCAGUGACAGGAACGUCAGACGACCCAGAGAGACCCACCCAUAUAUUCAUUAAAGGCAACACUAUAACUGCCAAUCAUACCAAAGGCGAGCGGAGCAGCAGAACCAUUGGUGGUUGGUGUUGAGGAGGCGCUGGGAACUUAUCGUUUCGCCGACUGAGUUAAAAGUUUUUUGUUAAGAAUAUUUGCAUAUCUGGCGGGUUCAAUGAUUACGAUAAAGAAUGGCAGUCUGAGUGUUCUGCUUCAUUUGUUCUCGCUUUAUAUUUUCCGGAUUCCAGUUAGAAGGAGACCCAUAUUAAACUGAGAUUUUUGUUUUGCCUUGGCACGGUGUGAAUGUUAACUGUGUUGAACGAGUUACCGCAGUAAAGUUUUAGCGACCAUUUGAAGAAGAAAUAUAUUGUCCCAGAAAUUGAGAUUAUUUCUGGGUUUGAGGAGGUAUCUUAUGAUCUGCCAUUCAGUCGGUCACAGGUCUGGUGGUUGUACAUUUUGUGUAACAAUAUGAAUCACAUUUCAAGCCACGAUUAUUGAGAGAUUUAUCAAGGAGCAAAAUGCACAAUUAUAGCUUUGUUUUCCCAUAUCAAAUAUAAUGGAGCAGAAAUCAUAA